AUGGUGUUCCUGAUUCUGCUGUCUCCUGUUGUAUGCCAGGUAGAAAAUAUGAAGUGUCUCAUGGGUGCUCCCCUCCGUAUUCCACAUGAGUGGUACCAGCCAGGUGGUCUUCUCAUUGGUGGAAUUACUUCUCAGAUCUUUUAUGUUGUUGAUGACGUCUCUUUUGAAGAACACCCAUCAGAGAAGCUGUUUUCAGUUCCAUAUGUGGUGACAAAGUUCUACCAGCAUGCCUUGGCCUUUGCCUUUGCCAUAAAUGAGAUCAAUGAGAAUCCUGAGAUCUUGCCCAAUGUCACACUUGGUUUCCACAUCUAUGAUGGCUAUUGCGAUGCAAGGAUGACCUAUUGGACCACUCUAUACCUGCUCUUCAAAUUCCAUAGAUUUGUCCCCAACUACAGAUGUGAUACCCAGAAGAAUUUGGUAGCUGUCAUUGGUGGACUUGUCUCUGAUACUUCCUUCAAUAUAGCAGAUAUUGUAGGUCUCUACAACAUUCCCCAGCUUACAUAUGGCUCAGUUGCCUCAGAAGAGAGUGGUGGAAUUCAGGCCACUUAUUUUUACUACAUGGUCCCGAAUGAAGCCCACCAAAAUAUGGGGAUUAUUCAGUUACUUCAGCAUUUUGGGUGGACAUGGGUUGGUCUCCUUGCUAUAGAAGAUGACAGUGGAGAACAUUUCUUGAAGAUUAUGGAUCCAUUGCUUACCCACUCUGGGAUCUGUUUGGCCUUCAAAAAAAUAAUCCCACGACAAGCCCACUGGGAUAACUUGGAUGAAAUGCUUGAUAUAUUCUCAAGUAUUAAUGACAUUUUCACAGAUAACAAAGCCAAUGCAUUUAUUAUCAAUGGAGAAGCUUUGACAAUGGCAUGGUUGAGAACUGCUAUGUUUCUACAAGACCCUGGAAACCAGGGGAACACAUCCUUUGGAAAGGUGUGGAUUAUGACAAAUCAGAUGGAUUUUGUAUCAGCAUCUGUUCAAAGGGGCUGGAGUUUCCAGCUCUUCCAAGGUGCCAUUUCCUUUGCAAUUCACUCCAAAGAUGUCCCAGGUUUUAAGGAGUUUCUUCAGGGCAUAAAGCCUUACUGGAACCAGGAAGAUGGUUUUAUCAAAGAUGUCUGGGAGCAAACAUUUGACUGUACAUUUCCAAAUCCCCAGGAAGUGAUGGAGAUUGAUGGAAUGUGUACUGGGAAGGAGAGGCUGGAGAGUCUUCCUGGACCACUGUUUGAAAUAGGCAUGAUCAGCCAUAGCUACCUUAUCUAUAAUGCUGUCUAUGUUGUGGCUCAUGCUUUGCAUUCCAUAACCUCAUCUAAAACAAACCAUAGAGAAAUGAUGGGGCAUAAGAAGGUUGUUCUUCAGGAUCUACAGCCUUGGCAGCUCCACCCAUUUCUUCAAGACAUUUCAUUUAACAACUCAGCUGGAGAAACAAUUUCCUUUAAUGAUGGAAAUGAAAUGAAAGGUGGCUUUGAUAUAAUUAACAUGAUCACAUUCCCAAACACCUCCUUCCAGAGAGUGAAGGUUGGAUGGGUGGAUCCCAAUGCUCUUGAAGGAAAAGAACUAAUCAUUAAUGAGGAUAUAAUUGAGUGGCACAGAAGCUUCAACCAGGUGGUUCCCCUUUCUGUGUGUAAUGACUACUGCCACCCUGGUAAACAGAAGAAAAAGAAGGAAGGGGAAAAAUUUUGCUGCUAUGACUGUGCUCCAUGCCCAGAAGGGAAGAUUUCAAACAAGAAUGAUAUGGAUGACUGUUUUAGAUGUCCAGAAGAUCAAUAUCCAAACUUGGACAAGGAUGGAUGCAUCCCUAAAACAACAAGCUUUCUAUCUUAUGGAGACACUUUAGGGAUCAGUUUAGCCUCAGUUGCAGUGUCGUUUUCCUUCAUCACAGCUUUGGUACUAGGAAUUUUUAUUAAGCACAGAGACACCCCCAUAGUCAAAGCCAACAACCGGGACCUCACCUACGCUCUCCUUGUCUCCCUCUUGCUCUGCUUCCUCUCUUCUUUGCUUUUCCUUGGGCAUCCUGUGAAAGCAACCUGCCUUCUUCGACAACCAGCUUUUGGCAUCAUCUUCUCAAUGGCUGUUUCUACCCUGUUGGCCAAGACUAUCACUGUGGUUGUUGCUUUCAUGGCCACCAAACCAGGGUCCAGUAUGAGGAAGUGGGUGGGGAAAAGACUGCCAAAUGCAAUUGUUCUUUUGUGCUCCCUUAUCCAAACAGGUAUUUGUUGUGUGUGGCUGGCAACCUCUUCCCCAUUCCCUGAUUUAGACAUGCACUCUGUACCCAAAGAAAUAAUUAUGCAAUGUAAUGAAGGGUCAGUCACCAUGUUUUACUGUGUCCUGAGCUACAUGGGUGCUUUGGCCAUCACCAGCUUCAUCGUGGCCUUCCUAGCCCGCAAAUUACCUGACAGCUUCAAUGAAGCUAAGUUUAUUACAUUCAGCAUGUUGGCGUUUUGCAGUGUGUGGGUCUCCUUUGUCCCCACCUACCUGAGCACAAGAGGAAAAGACAUGGUAGCUGUGGAGAUCUUCUCCAUCUUGUCCUCCAGUGUUGGGUUACUAGGUUGCAUCUUUUUCCCGAAAUGCUACAUCAUUGUUCUGAAGCCUGAGUUGAACACCAGGCAGCAACUAAUAAGACAAAAGAAUUAA